GGCGAUGACGUAGAGGAGGUGCGCCCGCGGCCCGGGACGCUCGGCGGAGUAUGGGGGCCGCCCGGGAGGUCGAGCCUCCGCCGGCGCAGGACGAGGAGCCGGAGGACGAGGAGGCGGCGGGCGAGGGGGAACCGGCAGCGGGCGCGGGCGCCGCGAGCCCCUGGAACAUCAUGAUCAAGCACCGGCUGGUGCAGCGGCGCGGGCGGCGCUCGCAGAUGAUGAGCAGCUUCACAGACCCCGUGGUCUCCAUGGACCUGCUGCGAGCCGUCCUGCAGCCCAGCAUCAACGAGGAGAUCCAGGCCGUCUUCAGCAAAUACAUGAAGUUUUUCCAAAAGGCGGCAGGGAACGUGCGAGAGAAUGUCGGCGAGGACGUGGACACGGAGCAGCUCAUCCAGGAGACGUGUCGCAGCUGCCUGGAGCAGGCCAAGCUUCUGUUCUGUGAUGGAAAGAGGCCUGCUGCAAGAGUUCCCUACGAAGUGCCAGCAGUGAAGCGGGCCAGGCCUCUGGAGGACGAAGUGAACCUGCAGGGAAGCCCCAUCCCCAGAAAGAGAAAGGGGAGACCUCCAGGACAGAGCCAGCCUGGGGACCGUGGCGCCUUGGGUGUCGGCAUGGGGAAGACCAAGUCUUGCGAACCAGUUCAGAGGGAUGGUCCCAAGUGGGACCCCUUGCGCCUGACGGAGACCACAAGCUUUGUUCUUGGGUCAAGAGCAAACAAAGCCCUUGGAAUGGGAGGAACCAGAGGCAGACUCUACAUCAAGCACCCCCACUUGUUUAAGUAUGCGGCAGACCCACAAGACAAGCACUGGCUGGCUCAGGAGCAGUACAUGAGGGCCACUGGAGGGAAAAUGGCCUAUCUCCUGCUGGAGGAAGAUAUCCAGGACCUGGCUGCCAGCGACGAGUAUAGGGGUUCCCAGGACCUGAAGCUGGAUGAGCUGAAGCCCUUCACCAUUCCCUCCUGGAUGAUUGUGAAGAUGCAGAGGUACAUGAAGACCCUCCGCAGCGAAGGGGAGCAGCAGCCGCUGCAGCCACCACCCUCCCUGCCUGAGGGAACGCAUGAAACUUAGACCGGGCCCAGCCAGGGCCGCCCACAAGGGCCUGCUCCUCAUCUGCCAGGGACAGGGCUGCAGGGCUGCUACUGGGAAGGCCAGGUGGGGGGAGGCAGCACCCCCCCCCCGUCUCUUUUCCAGCCCAGGAUCCCGCCACGCACUUCCCUCCUUCCUGAUUUUGUAUCUGGAGUUUUGUAUUUGCUCGUAGGAGCAUUUAGAGCAGGCGAAAAAUAAAAGAGGCAUCUGCUCAAA